UUAAAAAUAAUACGAUAAAUUUGGAGACAAUUUACUACCUCAUUAUUUAUAUUUUGUAUUCUUAAGUCACUCUUAAAAGUUAAAAAUGUUAAAAAAAAUAUAUUUAUUCGUUCUGUCUUUGUAAGUAAUUAAUGAAUCGCAAUCGCCCAUUUUUAACAUUACCAAUGCAGUCCACUCAGCCCACAGCUUGUAUAGGAAACCGUUUCGAAUUCAAACGCUUCAUGAGUAUUAUACGCGCAUUGAAAAACUGGAACGAUUUCGAAGCGUUGCGCAUCAGUGUUGCAUUUCACGCGCUUUAUAUGUAUUAUAAAUUGGAACGCACUCCAUGCAUGAAACGGAAUGCAUCUUGUGGGUAUGGUCAAUAUGAUAUUGCAAACGCUUUGAAGCGUUUUUUAAUUGAUCAGUUUGUAAAAUUCUUUCUUCUAAUUGGUCCAUCAAAUCAUUUGUGGCGAGACUUUGACCACAGCCCUAGUGACACGCAGUGACACGCUUGUCCACAUGGUUGGACUGAAAACCGAUAGAUCCAAGUUGAUCUAUUUAGCGACCGUUUGUAAAAGUGUCGUGUAUUUAUAAUCUUGACAGAAAGUGCACAGAAUUGUUGACAAGAUAUGUAAAAUACAAACGAGGUUAGUUUAACCCCUUUCUAAAGUUUAUACUCUUCACUACUCCUCAGUUUGUCGGUUUCGAUGUCAUAAUACGCUCUUAUAUCACGCGAAUUUAUGAGGAUUUUUAAUCAUCACGUUAGUAGGAUCUGUCAACUGAAUGGCAAUGUUUACAUCCAGAAGACUGUUCAAAGCCGUUGUUAUUGGAACAGUUGGGCUGGGUACUCUGGCAUCUCUUAGAACAAAUGAGUACGAUAUCAGUGCCAUUGGUAUUGUACGCUUAGGCCGUGCUGCACUAACAGUGCUUGACAUAGGCCAUUAUUAUAAGAGAGAAUUAUAUGACAGUAAAUUGGAUAAAACAUCACCGGAGUACUUGCAGCUGAAAUCAAAUGCUCACAAGUAUGGAGCGCAGAAGCUCCUAGAGCUUUGUUGUGCCAAUAAAGGGGUGUACAUCAAGGUAGGUCAGCAUGUAGGUGCACUGGACUAUCUGUUGCCUCAGGAAUAUGUACACACCAUGCGUAUACUGCAUAGUGCGGCACCUCAGUCCUCGUUCAAUGAUGUACUUACCGUUAUUAAGGAGGAUUUUAAGAGGUCUCCGUAUGAGAUAUUUCAGAGCAUCGACCCGGAACCCCUGGGUACUGCUAGUCUCGCACAGGUACACAGAGCCGUGCUGAAAAACGGCGAUGUGGUGGCCGUGAAGGUACAGCAUCGUGCAGUCAAGAGCAACUCUUAUGUUGACAUUAAGACCAUGUCGACUUUGGUGAAAAUUACAUCACUGAUAUUUCCGGAUUUCAAGUUCGAGUGGCUAGUCAAAGAGACAAAGAGGAACAUCCCUCAGGAGUUGAACUUUACUCUGGUACAGAGGCUUUUCAAGAAUUAUCAUUGGCUAAAAGUACCAAAAAUAUACUGGGACUUGUCAACAUCCCGCGUGCUCACAAUGGAAUUCCUAGAAGGCGGACAGGUGAAUGACCUAGAGUACAUGCGUGACCAUCAGCUGAAUCCGUACGAGAUCACCAGUAAACUCGGUCGUCUGUAUAGCCACAUGAUCUUCAUUGAAGGUUUUGUUCAUUCGGAUCCGCAUCCCGGUAACAUCCUAGUGCGCAAUCGCGACUCCCAGGCGGAAAUCAUUCUGCUGGAUCACGGUCUCUAUGCUAAUCUGUCCGAUCAAUUUCGCUGGGACUAUUCAAAGCUAUGGCUGGCAAUCCUCGAUGGUGAUCGGGUGGCUAUGAAGAAAUACUGCGGUCGUCUCGGUGUUGAGGAUUACUAUGGUUUGCUGUCAGUUAUGGUAUCAGGCAGGACUUGGGAAACGAUUAUAUCAGGCGUGCGUAAAACUCGCUACGACAUUAGCGAGAAGGAGAUGUUUCAGCAGAAUGUUCCAAACUUGCUGCCGCAGAUCAGUAAUGUGCUGGACCGUGUCAAUCGGCAAAUGCUGCUGAUUCUUAAAACCAACGAUCUCAUGCGCUGUAUCGAGUAUUCACUGCACACUCAAUCCAGGAUGACGGCCAUGAUGGAAAUGUCCAAGUGUUGCGUGCGUUCUGUAUAUGACAAGAAGCUUCGGCAAUGCUCAAAUGCAUGGGAUAAGUGCUGGGUGUCGUUAGCUGAACGCUGGACGCUUCUUAAAUUAUCAUUCUACUAUAUAUACCUGGGCCUGAUACACUUCGACCUAAACAACUCUGUCAAUUCUCUAUGGACAAAGGACUUUUAUCCUUUUUAACAAAAGCUUGUCUUUAGUCUAUUGAUUGAAUACGCUUUUUUGUAAAUGUCUAUAAUUUAAAGUUUUUUUUUUUUCAAGAAAAGUCUAGAGAUAUCUAUU